AUGGCUGAGCCUAGCAACAUCCAGUCAGCGGCUUCUAAGAGCAUCCGUCCAUUCCGUUCCAGUGAGGACUAUCUCUACGCCAUGAAGGAGGACCUGGCGGAAUGGCUGAAUACCCUUUACGAUCUUGAUGUCCAGGUGGAGAACUUCAUGGAUGCCCUGGAGAUGGGCUACGAUCUCUGCCAGCAUGCCAACAACGUCAACCGUAUCGCCCUGGAGUUCCAACAGUCAAACCCGGAAGCUGCUUCUCACAUGAGAAUCCCUCAGAAGGAGGUGAUCUUCCAAGCAAAGAACGUUGUCCCUGGCUCUUUCAUCGCUCGGGACAACAUCUCCAACUUCAUCCAGUGGUGCCGUCAGGAGCUGGGCAUUCAAGACGUGGUGAUGUUUGAAACCAACGACUUGGUGUUGAAGAAGAACGAGAAGAACUUCGUCCUUUGUCUGCUGGAGGUGGCCAGGAAGGGUUCCAAGUUUGGGAUGCUGGCUCCCAUGCUCAUCCAGAUGGAGGAAGAGAUUGAGGAGGAGAUGAGGGACCACCAAGUGGUCUGUGGAGAGCUGAAGACAGAGCAAGUGAUCCAAGAUUUGGGGCCGAAGUCUCCCGUUUACUUGAACAAGACGCAAAGGAUAACCUUGUGUGACCUCAAGAAUCUGGAUGAGCUGGUAAGAGAGAUCCUGGGCCACUGUACCUGCCCAUCCCAGUUCCCCAUGGUCAAAGUCUCGGAGGGCAAAUACAAAGUUGGAGACUCUAACGCGCUCAUCUUCGUCCGAGUUCUCCGCAGCCACGUGAUGGUCCGAGUAGGGGGGGGCUGGGACACGCUGGAGCAUUACCUGGAUAAGCAUGACCCCUGCCGGUGCACCUCCGUCUCUCACCGUCUGACGCAGGGUCGGGGUCUCGGCUUCUCCCCCCAGAAGUCCAGCGGCCUGGCCAGUCCCCAAGCAAACAGCCCCACUACUCAGCGCCGGGCUGAAGCGGUGGGUCUGCAUAAAGUCUCGGAGCCCCACCACCUGGGGGAGAAACGGCUCUUGGCUGGAGGGGACCCGACUCAACUCAAAGGAAACCGUCCUCCCACCAAGAGGUCUGGGACGGCCACCCCGCCCAGGCAGGGAUCGCUGGUUCCACCAAGUGGGAAAUGCAGCACGGCAGGACAGGGGGGUGCCAGCCCUCUACGGGGGUGCCCGUCCCAAGCCCAUCAGGACACAGGAGAAUCCCAUCUCCCCCAGAAUCUCCGUUUGACCCCCAGAGCUCGGCGUCUUUCCGGAGACAGCGAUUCCUCCUCCUCCUCCUCUAUGCACAGUGCCAGCUUGGGAAGGAAGCGGAACGAGGAGCCCAGUCUGGCACUCAGGAAGGAGGCUGGGAGGCAUAUCUCCGAGGGGCCAGCCUCCCAGCUCAAUGCCAGUCCCAAACGGCAGCCAGCCAGCCGGAGUCAGUCCCGAGACCGUCUCAGCUUGCCAAAAACCGUUGCGGUGCCCAAGAGGAUUGAGUCAGAAGAGCGGGGCCGUCCCCACAUGGCAAGCCGGCCGAGCAAGCCUGGACCACAGAGCCCUCGUCCCCGGGCCCGCAGCCAGGGAAGGCCUGCAGGAGAGCCCGUGCUGCUGAUCAGCCGAGCAAAGGAUGGACAGCACUCCUGGACACGGGCAGACGAGCCCAAGGAGAACGCCGGGGGCUCUGGAAGAACCACCCCCAGGACCAAGAGCCCGGCAAGGGGUCACCUGACCCCGGUGGGUUCCCGAAGCCCUGCCACCAUCAAGCGCAGGGGUUCCCUGCCCGCCACAAAAAUGGCCAAUCCCUCCGUCCGAAUCCCUCCACCAGCCCCAGGAAGACAGCGACAGCCCUGCUUGCCCAAACAACGGGGGGCCGUGAGGCAGCCCGAGUCGGGGGAGAGUGGGCCCUCUAGACAGCCCAAUGAGGACACUUUGGGACAGGAGCUGGAGGCCAUGGCGCAGGCUUUCCGUACCCCGCUGCGCCUCGAUCCGAGCCAGGAGCAGCAGCUCUACCGGCGCCUGGAGGAGGAAUUCCUGGCCAACUCUCAGAUGAUGGGUUUGGAGAUGGAGGAAGAGCUGGACCCGGGCAGCCAGGCCUGCGAUGGUGCCCGGCUCUUGCCCCCCAAUCCAGACCAAGGGACCGCCGACUCCGCGUACUGCUCCUCCAGCUCCUCCUCUUCCUCCCUCAACGUCUUCAGCAAAUACGGUCUCCAAGCAGAGGAGUCCAAGCGGAAGGCAGCCCACCAGGUGACCGGAGGAGGGUCUGAGCUGGGGGAUUUCCACAAUGGCUCGCUCGAGGCUUCCGAGCUGUGGGACUCCUCCGGGUCUCGCGAGCGAAGGAGCCGCUGGAGGAAACCCGUCCUUUCCAGCUCGUCCGAUGAAAGCAACUGCUACCUGGGUCUGAACGACGUCCAGGAGGUCCAGGAGGGUCUGGAGCUGGCCGAACCUCUGGUGGAUAGCCCCUGGGCCCCUGGGGAACCGGCCCCUUCCCACACGGAGCUGGGACCCUCCCUCCAGGAUGGCACAUCCCCCUCGGCCCCUAUCCUGGAAGAAGUCGCGCUCCCUCCCCAGCCAUCCCUGGGGAAGCCCGACCACGUGCCUUCCAGCUACCAGAUGAAGCUGCGCCCGCAAAUUAAGCCUCGUGCCGACUCCCAACCGGACAAGACCCCCUCAAAAAUCCCCACCCCCCUCAGCUACAAGGCUUCAGGAGGACCCAAGGCUCCAACAGGAAGCGCCUCGUCCAGAGACAGCCCAGUCAGAGCCCUGUCUGAGCGCCGGGGCUGGGCGGCCCUCCACCACCUCUUCUCCUCCUCCUUCGGGGAGUGUCCCGGGGGUUCGGUGGAGUCCGGUGUGACCGAUGAGGGGGCUUGGGCCUAG